GAUACUGUAUGUUCUGUAUACAGCUGUUCUAAGUCAGACAGCCGAAAAAAAAACAUGUUGCUUUUGUAAAAUUAGGAAAAAGUGAAGAGUUCAAUUAAAAACGUUGCCAAAAUGCAAGAAGUUGGGGAUGAAGUGUUCAACUGUAUUGACGAGGCUAAUGCCAUCAUAAACGAUGUUAAAGCACACGUUGCCGAAAUUGUAAUAUCUUCCAAAUUGGUCAGCAGUGCCACGAAGAUUUAUCUGAACAUUCGCACCAUAGAGAGCGCCACCUGCUGCGUACAAGUGACUGGUCGAGGCUUCAAAAUAGUCUCCUCGCAAUACGACACCAUCGAUGAGGAGCCGGCGCUAGGCCCCGAUGGGGAGCCAGAGGAGGAAGAGAUCUUUGAAACACCCUACGCGCUAUUGGAUAAGAUUAGUCCACGUUAUGUGGAGUCGUUUGGCAACAAGCUCUGCCAGCAGCUGCGACAACUGCAGCAAAUGCGCACUGAAUUCCACGAAGAGGACGAGGAGGAGGAUGAAGACGAGUAACCAACUUGGCCUCUUCGAAACAACAACUUUAUACUGAGGCUGUACUCAUUAAACACAAGAUUUUAAUGUUA